AUGGGAGGAAUUCGAGACCUUUGGCUGCGAUGGAAGAUGCUUCGCCUACCAUGGAGGAAGAGAUUUCUAGUUGGACAAGAUCUCUACGGCAACACCUUUUGGGAGUUUAAAGAUGCCCUCAACCAUAAUCGAUGGCGGCGUAUGGUGAAGACUCAAAGACGAGCCACUCUCUCCUCCCUUUCAGAUGUCCAGAUCUCACCUCAAUGGCAUCAAUGGCUUCGCCAGACACGCAAUGAUCCUCCAACAAUGCAAGAACAAGCUGCCGAUGUGCAGAGACAGGCUCAACUCAAGAUCAAUGCCAGACUGGCCGAUGAAAGAUGGGCUGCAAAGGCAAGAUACAUCGAGAAGCCAAAGCCAACAGUCAUCAAUGCCCUGUUGUCGGCUGAUCCUCGACAAGGCGAAGCUCAUGCCGAACAAUCUCCAGGUCAGCCACCUCAGCUAAAAGAGAUGAGCAACACCAUCCAGAGUAGCGGACAUCAGCAGAGACAAUCGAGUGUCACGGGGUCAAAUCCGGGAGCAGAUUGGGCUCCUGGAGGAUGGGUUCCUGGUGCUGCAAAGCGAUGA